AACCCCAUGUACUUAGCAGGCACACGCCUUAACCACUCGGCCAAAGCGACUUGUUGAUGCUUUAUCAGAAAUUAAUAUAUAAACAAUUAGUGGUAGCAAAGCUACGAAACAAAUCGGAAAUAGCUGGUGCAAGCGGAGGAGAGAAGAGAAAUAGAAGAGGCUGAAAUGGCGGCGGUGGGAGGUGGUGUAGGGAGUUUGUCGGGCGGCGAUCGGCAGUUACUUGCGACGGUGAACAUGGUGGCUUCAAGCUUAUCGUUGAUUGGAUCAAGCUUCAUUGUAAUUUGUUACCUUCUUUUCAAGGAGCUUCGCAAAUUCUCCUUCAAGCUUGUCUUUUAUCUCGCGCUCUCUGACAUGCUUUGCAGUUUUUUCAAUAUUAUUGGAGAUCCGUCUACUGGAUUCUUUUGUUAUGCUCAGGGUUAUAGCACUCAUUUCUUCUGCGUUGCGUCCUUUUUAUGGACAACCACUAUAGCUUUUACUCUUCAUCGCACCGUUGUGCAACAUAAGACAGAUGUUGAAGAUUUAGAGCCUGUUUUCCAUCUCUAUGUCUGGGGAACUUCUCUGGUCAUGACCAUCAUGCGCUCCAUCGGUAAUCAUCAUGGUCAUAUACGUGCAUGGUGUUGGUCCCAAACAGGCCGUGCAGGAAAGGUUGUCCACUUUGGAACCUUUUAUGCUCCUCUUUGGGGUGCGAUUCUCUACAAUGGUUUUACAUAUCUUCAAGUGAUCCGCAUGCUGAAAAAUGCAACUCGUAUGGCAGCUGGCAUGUCGGACCGGGCACACCAAUCUGAUGCUAGGCCAGACAUGAGGGUCUUAAACCGUUGGGGUUAUUAUCCUCUUAUUCUUAUUGGCUCAUGGGCUUUUGGCACGAUAAAUCGGAUUCAUGAUCUGAUGGAACCAGGCCAUAAAAUCUUUUGGCUUUCUUUUCUUGAUGUGGGGACCGCGGCACUAAUGGGCCUUUUCAACUCAAUAGCGUAUGGUCUUAACUCUUCUGUGAGGCGGGCUAUUUAUGAGAGAUUGGAUCUAUUUUGGCCGGAGCAACUGAGAAGAUUGGAUCUGCCACUCCGGAUUACAAAAGGCAGAGGGAAACAGGAAGAAAGUGAAAUGGUUCCUCUAAAAAUUCAGGAACAGCAACAUUAGUUUGAUUCCUCUGGGCUGUGGUGUUGUGGAUCAUUUAGAGAACGGUAUUGACAUGUACAUUUCUAGAACAGAAUGUGACGGAUGUUUAAAGGCACGAACAAAGGUAUCCCAGUGUGAUCUCUAGCACGUGAGAGCAGAUGUUCACCUGGUGUUACAGACAAUCAGUUGAGUUAAUGUAAAAGAAAGUAGCUCUGCAAACUGAACGUUGUCAAAAGAUACCUUCAACAGUUGCUGACAGUAGUGAUUGGUUUUAGAAAGGAGAGUAUCAACCCAUUUUGGGUUAUGUUAAGAUGUAAAAGAUUUUCAGGUCUUGGGAACUCUGUGAGGGUGUGGCAUUUUUUUUAUUUAUUUACUGUUGACAUCAGAGGAGAGCUAUUGCAUGAAUCAUAGGUUUUACUAACUCUAUCAGUUAGUGAACUGAGUUGUAUUUUCGUUUUAUUUGAUUAUGUAUCUUUUGAUGUAUGAAGGUUUUCAGUUACACAAAUCUAUUCUAAUAUUUUAAAACACAAUGUUUGCAUGAAA